AUGAGAUUUGUGGAAGAUAAGGGAUGCUAUAGUAGUAACCAUGGAUCAGUAGCACAAGAUACUCACAAAGGAAAAGAUGUUACUACUACUAGUGCUAGUACUACUGCUACCACUGCUGCUGCUGGCGCUCGUGUUUCGAAUCAUCAUCGAAUAAACAUGGGAAAACCGACUCCGUCUAAAUGGGACGACGCGCAAAAAUGGCUAGUUGGUUUAUCAAAAGGCGGAGAGAAAAGCCAAUCGAAAAGCAAGCCAAGAAACUCAAAUGCAGAUGAUUUGAGACUAAUAGCUCCUGUGCCGCAAAAAGAGGACGACGAGGAUGGAUGCCGCGAGUUCAUGACAACGACUAGUACUGAAUAUGUUGAAGAAGAAACCAAGAAAGUAGAGUGCGAGGAAUCGAUUUGGAGAAUGAAUAACAAGGACACAAUCCAUGUUCAAUCAAUAUGUUUUAGAGACAUGGGGACUGAGAUGACACCUAUUGCUAGUCAAGAGCCUUCAAGAACCACAACACCUAUUAGAGCAACAACUCCUACUACUAGAAGUCCAAUUCAUUCAGGUACUUCCACUCCAAUGAGGAACCAAAAUGGAUUCUUGCAAAUGGAACCUGCAUCAGGUAAUGGUAGCACAGCAACUAGACAAUGUGGAGAAGGAUCAAGUCCUUGUAAUGUGGUUGAAAAGAAUAUGAAGAUUGAUGAUCAAGCUAGAAAAAUGGGGCCUCUAGAAUGUAGAGCAAUGGCUUGGGAUGAAGCCGAACGUGCCAAAUAUACGGCUAGGUUUAAGCGCGAAGAGAUGAAGAUUCAAGCAUGGGAGAAUCAUCAGAUAAGAAAAGCUGAAAUGGAAAUGAAGAAAAUGGAGGUGAGAGCUGAAAGAAUGAAAGCUGUGGCACAAGAAAAGUUAACAAAUAAAAUGGCUGCAACAAGGAGAAUAGCAGAAGAAAAGAGAGCUAAUGCACAAGUGAAACUGAAUGACAAUGCUUUGAAGACUACUGAGAAAGUAGAGUAUAUAAGAAGGACAGGACAUGUGCCUUCUUCAUUCUCUUUCACUUUUAAGUUGCCUUCCAUUUGUUGGUAG